AUGGCUGUGGGAACGGACCGCCGUGCGAAGAAGACCGCUUGCAGACUAGACCAGCCGUUACUUAUACAGCCUGUCGCUAACGUAAUGUCCUUUGAUCCUCCGAAUCACAGUCCUGGCGUCGACGUUCUUGCUGCAGAACCCACCUCUAUCCAAAGUCCAACGGAGCAUCUCGAAUUCAGGAACACCUUGACUGGGCCAGACUCCACCAGUCAGGUACAUCAUCAUUCCGGCAAGAAGAGACGUUCAUCCAAAAGCAAGAUACCUGGAGAACUUCGACGAUCGACAUCUACGCCACACAUGCGCAAUCUGGCUCUUGCGACUUCUGACGAGUUGUCGCCAACAAGUAACAAGGCGCGCAACAAGUUGGGGUACCACCGAACCUCGGUCGCGUGUGGACACUGCCGACGGAGAAAGAUCCGAUGCCUUCUGGCUCCAGAUGACCCACAAGGUCGCUGCUCCAAUUGCAUACGAUUGAAGAAAGAGUGCAACUUCUUUCCGGUAGAACACAUCAUGGAUACGCAGCGCCCUUCAGGCGCAGUCAAAGAUCUGAGUACAGGGACACCAUCAACACCCGUAGCCUCAUCUCCACGGCACCUACCCUCGCAUGCAGGUGAAAAGGUUGGCGACUACCGUGCGUCGUUUCAUGGAGCCCCGGCAGCCGCACCGAAUGCGCCUUACGGAUAUUCGGGUGAAUCAGAAAUAGAUCCCCAUCAAAUACCCAGUUCAGGUGCAGUCCCGGUGCAACAUGCAGCUUACCCAUACCCCCCUCCGUUAGAGACACAGUGGCCCCCGACGACUAGCUAUCUCCCCUCGUCAACGAUAGCAGAGAGUCCUAACUCGAACGCAACAUACUGGCGGCAAUCUCCGUCGACAGCGAACUCUGUAUAUGGAAGCGAGUCCGGUGUUUCUGGUGUACACACUCCAGCUACUAUGAGCACGAGCUCGACAAUGUCGUAUGGUCACCCAGAGAACCAUGCAUGGGGCCAGCAACCAUCGUUCCAACCACCUCCAACACGAUCAAUGUCCUACGGCAACAUUGAAGGGCUACCGCCGCAAUACCCCGGCCAUGGUCUUGGAAUCCAGCAUGAGAACUUUGGGCGGCGAACCUCCCCGUACCCUUAUCCAACCAGUAUAGAUACGAGUCAACCAACGUUACACACUACUACCAUGGGAGGAUCAACAUCAGGCCCUCUUUCCGCUCCAGUACUUCAAUCUCACCAGUUUUAUCCGCCAGCUUGGGGCUCGUACGAACAGAACCAAAUUUCGCCCAUGCAAAUACCUGGUCGAUCAAUGAGCGCGCAAUGGUACGCAGAACCAGGGCAUCUGAAUCAGGUGCAAGAAGAAGGCGGUCCGCCUAUGGCUUAUAACCAACAUGGAGUACCGCAAUAUUACUCCGGUGCAUGA